CAAAAAGCCUUAAUCUUCAAACAUACUGCGUCAUUUACAAAGAGCAAUGAUAAUGUUUAUAGUUCAGGAGCUAAUUGUACUGAAACAUUGUCAACUGCAACUCUUAAGCUCCUGGUUUAAAAACAAAAUCCUCAGUUAAGUAAAUAGGUAUUAAAUAAUCUGGUAGCAUUCAUUGUUAAUAUAAGUAAAUUUUCAAAAAUUUGAAUACAAUUUAAAUAAUUUAGUAUCUAGAAAACUUUCACUAUGUCUCUGGAUAAAAAUUCUAUGGACCAUGUGGUUUAUUCACCUGUAAUAAAUAACCAAGAAAAAUUAAAUAGAGUACCCACCAUAGGAGCUAGACACUAUCAAUGUUUCCUCUAUUUCAUGAUUUUAUUCAUUGGCUUUGGCUUCAGAGUGAAUUUAUCUGUAGCCAUCGUGGCCAUGGUAGAUCCAAAAGCAAGCAGCAAUCCUGAUAUUCCAACUUAUCCAGAAUGGACUCACAAAGGUGAAAUUCUCUCGGCGUUUUUCUGGGGAUAUAUUUGGCCUCAAGUAAUUGCCGGGUAUGUGGCCAACAGGUUCGGAGCCAAAUGGUUCCUGGUUACCACCAUGGCAGUGCAAUCUGCUGCAGGAUUGUGCAUUCCUUUUGUGGCCGGUCGGUUUGGAGAAAUGGGAGUGAUGGCGCUUAGAGCGUUUCAAGGUUUCUGUCAGGGAUUCUUUUUUCCUUCUGUUGCUGCCAUGUUGAGUGUUUGGGUGCCCCGCGAAGAGAGAUCUAGAUUAGCUAGUUUAACUUUUGGAGCUGUUCCAUCUGGUACAGUUGUCGGUAUGAUGGUAACAGGCCUAAUAUCAGCCACCCACUAUGGUUGGCCAAUGGUAUUCUACAUUUACGGAGCCCUAGGAGUAUUAACGAGCAUUUUACUUGGUUUGACUGGGUAUAAUACUCCUGCAGAACAUCCAAGUAUUGGUGAAGCUGAAAAACUUUACAUUGAAAGUAGUUUAGGAAAUACCGAUGAGAAACCACAUCAUAGUGUGCCAUGGAAAGAAAUUUUAUUAUCCAAACACGUUUGGGCGCUCAUGACCGCUCAGUGCGGUAGCGUUUUCGCCUUUUGGGUGCUUCUCACUCAAAUUCCCACUUACAUGAGUGUUGUUUUGAAUUUGGAUAUUAAAAAUAACAGUAUUCUAUCCUCUUUGCCUUAUCUAGUACUAUACCUUUUGAGUAUCAUAAUGGGUUUUCUAUCAGACUUUCUCAUUAACAAAGACAUUUUUACCCAAACUGUUUCAAGAAAAGUUUUCAAUAGUAUUGGCACAAUUUUACCAAUAAUAGCCUUCAUAAUGAUGGGCUACGUAAAAUCAGGCGAAUCAACCAAAGUAAUUUGGUUACUAAUUAUAGCUGUAGGCUCUAAUGCUAUUACAGGCUCUGGAUGGAGUCUAAAUCACAUGGACUUGUCUCCCAAUUAUUCUGGCACAGUAAUGGGAUUUUGCAAUGGAUUUAGUACAAUAUUUUCGAUUUCUGCUCCACUAACUGUACAGUAUUUGGUUAAAGACAUACACGAUCCUGUCCAAUGGAGAAUCAUAUUCUUUUUAGCAGCGGGUUUUCAAGCUUUUGCCGCAAUUGUUUUCGUAAUAUUUGGAUCGGCCGAAGUUCAACCCUGGAAUGACAAAACUGAAGAACCAAACGAAGAUUCUAAAAAUAAUUUGUGAUAAUAUUUGCAAUUCAAUAAAGAAUAAUAUCAGAAAAAAUGCCAUUUCUAAACAUCAUUGUAGAUAAACGAAAAAUGUGUGCUUUAUUUGAGUAUAAUAGAUUUCUUGCAAUCAAACUGAACGUUCAAUAAAGGAAAAUUGCGAUAGGAUUUUACCUUGUUAAUGAGCAUUUUUGUUCGUUUAAUA